CGCUUCGAGUUACGGUAUGCCAAUAUCGACACUGCCCAACCUUCCCAACUAAGCGGUGAACAAAUAAUUAAUGCGUACGUGCCGUUAGCAAACCCUGAACGUCGUCUCCUCCGUAGCAAGAAAGGUCCCCGGUGGCAAAGCCUCCCCCUUUUGCACGCGAUGCCAACAGCAAGUGACCCAAGCGAAUGGCUCAGGAUACAACUGAGUGGCAGAUGCAAGGGUUCUAAAGUGUUUGGUGUGUGACUAUACGCUUGGACAGCUGUAAAGCACACCUCUGGUGUGGAGCAUUCUUCAUCAUUUCCCCCAUACAAGUCGGUCGUGUCAGCCGAUGGGUGUACUAUUUAUCAUUUCCCAAUGCCUUGCACCGGCCAUUAUCGUCUUAGACCUCAAGUCAACCUCUGGGCGUGUCCUCGGUUGUAGUCUCGUUGUUGCGCUCAUCGCGGCAGACAUGGCAAUUUCUCGCACUGGGACUGGAUUUUUUGACUAUACCUUUGGUAGUACCCUAGGUACUGAUGCGCUGGACGCCAUCCAGCUUUUGCUACUGACGCAACCUCUGAAGAACUAUUGUCACGAAGCAAAUAAGGUUCCUGCGCAUCGGCUGCCAUACGUCGAAAGAUUUUUUUGGAUCAUGAGCGCCAAGGGGCAUCAGGGUGGUCAUUCAAGACAGGUCAAUCAAGGUGUUCCUGUUGAACCGCACCAGAUAGUGUAACUGUGCUUGAAAGAGUCAUUAACAGGUUAUUCGGUACAGUCCUUGCA